AUGUCCCAGCCCGUCACCCCGCGCCGCACCACCCGGGCUUCCACCUCCGCUCCCGAUUCGCCCUCCUCCCCUCCCAAAUCCAGGUCAAAGCCCUCGCCCCGACGCCAACUCCUCGCCGCCGCCGCUCCUGAUUCGCCGUCCUCCCCUCCCAAAUCCCGGCCCAAGCCAUCGCCCAGACGCCAACUCCUCGCCGCCGCCGCCCCCGUUCCCGCAACGGACGACAACCCGCUCGCCGCGCUCCUCGAGGCGCUGCCGGGCCGCCGCGCGCAGGCCAGGGACCUGCUCCGGCUGCUCGCGCCCGCGCCCGCGCUCCCGGUCCUGCUCCACGGGGGCGCCGCCACGGGCAAGACGCGCGCGCUGCUCCUCGCGCUGCGCCACCUCCGCCUCCACCUCCGCCCCACCCCGCCCCUCGUCUACGCCGCGCUCCGCUCCCUCCCCUCCCCGCGCGCGCUCUUCGCCUCCAUCCUCUCCCAGCUCAAGGCGCCAUCAUCCUCUACUUCCUCUCGCCAGCGCGUCCCUGACAAGCCCUCCGACUUCGUCCCCGCCCUGCGCGACGCCCUUGCUGGCGUCGUUUCCCAGGGCGAGAACGUGUAUCUGGUGUUCGACAACCUGGAGGUCGUCAGGGGCUGGGACAAGGGCGGCCAGCUUGUUUCACUUCUCCUCCGCCUGCAUGACCUCCUCCGGUUGCCGCAGGUCGUGCUCGUGUACGUCAGCAGCGCAGCGCCUGAUGCGUACUACACCAUGACUGGCUCUGUCGAGCCGAACCAUGUUUACUUCCCGGAUUAUACUGUGGAUGAGGUUCAUGGCAUUCUGAUGCGUGGCCAGCCCAAUCCGAAGCUCUACUCGUCAUUCCUGAGUGUGGUGCUGAAGCCCUUAUUCCGGGUGACAAGGAGGGUUGAUGAACUGGCGGCCGUGCUGGAGCCACUUUUCAGGAGGUACUGUGAGCCACUGGGGAGCUUGAAUGGGGUUCCUGAUGAGGGUAUCAGGCGGCGGUUGUAUGAACAUCUACAACCACAUUUGGCCGUGGCACAGAACGAGACAUUCAGUGUCCCCAUCAGAGCUUCACUGGAUGAUUGCAAAGAUGGUAUUUCUGGUGGAAAGGGUAGUGUUAAAAGGCAGUUUGGUGGUAGAGAUGGUCUCUCAAGUGAAUUGGAGUUCCACAUGUCCGUGUCUGCGAAGUAUCUACUGCUGUCCGCCUUUUUGGCUUCAAGGAACCCUGCUACUCUGGAUGCAGCAUUGUUUGAUGCCACUGGAGGAACCGAUAGCCGGAACCGCAAGAGGAAGAGCUCUCAGGCCUCGAUAGAUAGAAAGGAUACCAUGGCUGAAGAGUUGCUUAUGAAGGGUCCAGGUACAUUUCCUCUCGAGAGGCUCUUGGCUAUAUUUCAGUGCAUCACAUCAGUGUCAGAGGAUAUGCUUGAUGAAGUUGAAUGCGAAGACACUAUCAUGGGUGGAAGUGGAAUGAAUGCUUUGAUGUCAGAUGUUCUACUGCAAUUGUCAACGCUGUGCAAUUCUAAUUUCCUCUCUAAAAGCCGAAGCUGCCCAUUAGAAGGCUCAGGUAGAUAUCGAUCUAAUAUUGAUGAAGAUUUAGCUCUGAAGGUUGCCAGGAGUGUCAGUUUCCCUCUCUCGAAGUACAUGUACAGAAGAUAGCCUUUAGAGCCUUAGUGUCUAGGCAGCAGAAACUACUUUAGAUUGCUCUAGAUGCUAAUAUGAUCAGCUGAGAUCUGUCUAGUUGCCUUGAUUGUAAAGUAUUGAGACAAAGUGAUGCCCCUUGUUGUUUUAAAUUAUUGGUCUAUUCUGCUCCUUCAAAGAUUAAGUGUGAUAUCUAAUCCUAAAUUUGAUGUAAUUGUUUGUCUGUGAGCUUCUGUUAAAUCUCCCUUGGUCAAGGUCUUGUCUUAAUGAAAACUAAUAUGCCCUACAUAAGGGAGUGGAGAGAAUAGUAUCUUGACUGUUUGAUUUGAUU